CCCGCGAGGCGGCGGAGCAGCCGUGGGACCAUGGCCCAGCGCCGGGAGCUGCUGGAGCGGGAGCUGGUGGCGCUCGGGUGGUACCAUGGCAAUCUCACCCGGCAUGCAGCAGAAGCGUUGCUGCUCUCCAACGGGAAGGAUGGGAGCUAUCUCUUGAGGAAGAGUAAUGAAAGGGAAGAUUUGUACUCCCUCUCUGUAAGGGGAAAAGAUUCUGUGAAACACUUCCAUGUUGAACAUACGGGAACUUCAUUCAAAUUUGGAUUUAAUGAAUUUUCUAGCUUGAAGGAAUUGGUCAUGCAUUUUGCAAACCAGCCUUUAAUUGGAAGUGAAACAGGAACUUUAAUUGUAUUGAAGCAUCCCUACCCAUGGCAAGUGGAAGAACCUUCCAUUUAUGAGUCUGUCCGAGUUCACACUGCAAUGCAGACGGGAAGGACAGAAAGUGACCUUGUCCCAAAUGCUCCCUCACUUGGUACCAAGGAAGGAUAUUUGAUAAAACAAGGCAAAAUAGUCAAGAGCUGGAAAACAAGGUGGUUUACACUGCAUAGGUAUGAACUUAAGUACUUCAAAGACCAGACAGCUACGGAACCAAUUCGAGCACUUGACUUAACUGAAUGCUCAGCUGUGCAAUUUGACUAUUCCCAGGAAAGAGUCAAUUGUUUCUGUUUAGUGUUCCCACUAAGGACCUACUACCUGUGUGCAAAAACUGGGAUAGAAGCUGACGAAUGGAUUAAAAUCCUGCGGUGGAAGCUGUCACAAAUCCGGAAGCAGCUGGAGGAGCACAACGCCACCCUCAGUUCCUAGCUGUGUGCCAGCGCUCCUGCUCCACGGGCAGGAAUUGCCGCUCUCCAAGGGGAAGGCACUGCUUACCAGAGGGCAACCUCACGUCUUCAGUGCAGUCUGUGCCCCCACACAGACAUCACCCAGCUCUGCACAUACGGGAUCCUGCAGCUCCGGGGCUGCCAAGUCACAUGUGGGGAUGGUUUCAGAACCAGAGUGUGGGUUUGAUACGUGUGGUGUAUCCCUGUAAUGCACUUAAUUCAAACACCUGCCAACUAAUCACAGAAGUGGGCACUGCUCAAAACUUUCGUGGUUAUUCACAGCACUCAAUAAUUUAUUGCAAGCUCCAUCACAACUAAGCAUCAUGUUCUGUAACCUCGAACCUUUUAUUUAAAACAGGUCCUUUCUGGAAACAUUAAAUAUCUUUUUAUUACCUGUUUAAGCUUUAAACCAAAGGAAAAAUGUCAGAAUUUAAUUUUGUAAAUAGUAUCCAUAUUGCAAUGCAGAGAGUAGUAUUUAAAGGCCCUUUUCAAUGCAACACUUAGUUCUGGUCAAACAAAUUUUUAUAUGGUUUAGCUUUACAUCACAGUGAUGGCUACAAGGGAAUGUCUGUUUCAAACAGCAUCUGUAGGUAAUGGUGAACAGCCAUCAUGUAAACAUACUUGUACACAAACCAGGGUUAUGAGAAACAGUAGCUGCUUCCUGGCACGCAUAAGGCACACAUUUAACAGUGCUGUGGCUCACUACAGAGACAAGAAGUGGAACCCCAUGAUGUUGGGGUGAUGUACUCAAAAUAGAUGUUACAUUCUGGAAACAAAGUUUUGACACACUGGAGAGACUCAAGACCAGCUUGACCCAGCUGCAAGAUCCCCUGAGCAAUCCUGUGCCUCCUCGAGGGCUGGGCAAAGAGGGGGGAACCCUCUCUCCCUACACAACAAUCAAAUUUAUGCUGGAACAGCAUCUGCAAACCUCUCCUGCUAUGCAAUACUGCAGUCUGUGUUUGGUAUUGCUCAUGCAGAAGGUGUUGAUAAUUGCCUUUACUGGGAGAAAAGUGCAGAAGAGGAAGGCAAAAGCACAUUGGAAGAAGAAAGAAAAUCUAGAUUUGGACAUAUAAAUAGCAUUUUAUUUCAACUUAGAAAUUCAAAGUAUUUGUAAGUAUUUUUAUACAGAUUGUUUUCUGAAUGUCAUUAUAAAACUAUGACAAGUCAUAUUCCUGUACUGUAUUGUUAAAGCUCUGUCCUCCUUUUUGCCUUAAUGAAGCUUUAACAAAAUGGCAUCUUCCAUUUAGCUAAAACCUUGUGAGUCUGUGUGAGAGGCAGCAUAAGGGGAAGAGAGAGAUGACAUUCUCCAACAGCAUCACUAUUCUGUGAACAUGGCUUGGAAAUGGAGCUUGUAGGGAAACCACAAACAUAGCCUUCCUUUUUUCACAAGCAACAGGCUGCUUCACAAAACACUGGAAACAAAUUCAGCAAAUCGUGUCACAAACCGAAGCCAGUGAAAGAAAUGGCGCUUGGGUGGCCUUGGAAGCUGUCACAGGUGGAUGGGUUGAGCAGAAGAAAACAGGAAGGGGAGGCCUUUGCUGGAAUGCAAACAUAUUGUGCCAGAAAAACACACACCUUCCAGCUGCUUCUGUCAUGAGCAGCAGCAGAAGUCCCAUUCCAGCUUAGUUUAAAUGGAAAAAGGUUGACUGACAAGCUGUAAUGUCAUUUCGAGCCAAGAACUCCCAGUUAUCAUUUCCAGCAUCACUGUUUCCCCCCAUCCUGCCUGAUGCACCAAAGGUCGAUGAGAUGUGAACACAGGGCCAUGGCAUCCCCUUUCCCAGCCUGGGGCAUAUACCUGCCCAGAGCUGUCUCCCAGACCUGCAGUGCUUGGCAGGCAUCAUAAGCGGACAUGGGAGGGAGUAACAGGGUGGGGCUCAGAGCACAGGCUUGAUCCCCAGCACCAGGAUCUCUGCACUGCCCUGGGACUUGGUAUCCUUAUUGUCCAGCUGAGAGACACACUGGUUAGUUUUCAGCCUGUAAAUUCAUAGAUUUUGAACAUUUACGAACAAUUAAGAGACCUGUUCUCUCUAGAGACAGGCACAUGUGCUGUGGGGUAUUACAGUGCAACAGAAGAGUGGACCAGGCUCUGUCAUUUAAAAAUACUGUAUUUUAUUUAUAUUUAUUUACUUAAGAAAACCUAAGGGUAAAUAAGCUGAGAGUGUCACUAGUGAUGAACCCACACAAAGACUAUGAGACAUGAGAUCUUCACAACCAUAUUACACAAAAAAAAAACCCCAU